AUGCAAUAUGAACAAAAACCACUCAAUGUUAAACUCGCAUAAUAAAUUGACCUAUUAUCAACUGAUUUAGAUCACAUCCUCUCUCUGACCAAAAUCAGAGGCAAGGAUAUCCCCUAUUCUCGGAUUUGCCAAUAUUGCAAAUUUAAUCAUGACUAUGACACCCACCAUAACCUAGUAAUGAAACAAUACUCAGAAGCAUAAUUUAUAUCAGAUUUGAUAGCAGAGCAUGACACCCUUUUUUAAAUCUGCAAUUGGGCGCAUUAAAGUCUUAAUAAUUAAAAUCUGAAAGAGUAAGAUUUAGCCUGGUUUCACAUACUUUAAAAUUAAUUUCACCUGGUUCAAAAUUUUUUGAAGGAUGAAGAAAAAUGCAUCCUAAAUUCCUUAAAACCUUAUGGAGUUGGACAAUAUUUAUUCGAUUUCAUGCAGUUAUCAACAUAUCAAAAUGAAAAUUGGGUCUUGGCCUUGGAAACUCUCCAUCAAGCGACGACGAGUCGAGUUUCAAAUACGAACAACAAAUUAUAUAAAUGGGCAACUUGUCAAAGUAUACCUUGGUGUACAGAUAUCUCUAAAUUUGAUGAAAAUCUGUGGCUCAAUAUUAGAGCUGAAUUGUUUUGUAAGGUGAUGACUAGACAUUCAGAAAUCUAUCCUAAAAUGAUGAAAUGCAUCAAUUUUGGAAUCAAUAAGCCAUAUUUGUGGACACCAAAAUACUAUGAAUUAAAUUAUGAAGACAUGGGUCUAGGUAUUGAAACAAUAGGUAAAAGGUUUAUUAUUGAAAUCAUUAAGUAUUUAACAUAAAAAUCUAAUGCUUUUCAACUAGUUGAAUUGAUCGAAGAUGCUAUUACUGCUUUGUCAAAUAUUUCUCAGAAUCAAUAAUUUGUCAAUCUUAGAGCUAAUUGUUUUUAUAAAAUAGCUAUAAUGAUUAGUGACUUGUUGGAUAUCGAUGAAUAAGAUGAGUGCUAAUUCUCGUAAUUGAUUAAAAGGAUUAUUGAAUUUAUAGAAGCAGAGAACCUUGACUUUGUAGUAAAAUAAAAAAUUCUGAUCCAUUUAUUAAGUUUCUUAACAAGACUAUCUAUGUAUAAUUAAUUCAUUUGCCAAAUGUGCUAAAACAUCAUUAAUUAUUUAGGAGAUUCACUGGGCUCUAUUUUACAAUUAUUUAUUGAUUAUAAGUUCGAUAAAGCUUUAAUCACUAAAAUUGUAUUCAAUUAAUUUACAAAAUUAAGUCCAAUACAAUAAAAUGAAAUAAUAUCUUCAUCAUUUUCUAAAUACUUUGAUUACGACCAAAAAAAGUCCUAUAUACUUGAAUUGGUUCCUUACAUUAUUAAGAACAUUGAACUGUUCAAAAACACAUCUGUAGAAUUAUUCUAAGAAUAUCCUGAGAUAGGUGAUUUCCAUGACCUAUAUUUACAUGUCUAUAUCACUCAGGAUUAUGGAAGAAUGAAAACCAUGAUUUAAGAACAAUAAAUUCCGUUUUAAUGGUUUUCAAAAUAUAUUACAUUCAUACUUGAGAACCCUCAUUUAGAAUAAAAAGAAAUAUGCGAGGUCAUGAAUGCCAUAGAUAUUAACAGUGUACUAUUUGACAGUCUAGAGAAUAAAGUAUAUCUUUUAGCAUUAAUUGCCAAGAAAUUAACAUUAUUUAAAACAUUUAUUAAUUAUUUGCUCAAGUGA